AUGGAUGAUCAAGAUGAACCAUUGAUGUCAGAGGAAUUAUUUUCAUCAAAUAACGAUCAAAAUGAUAAUUUCCUUCAUUUUUAUACCACCACGAAAACACGGACGUUUUGUAGACAAAUGGUUGAAAUAUUCAGAGAUGCUAAUAUUAGUAACAUUCAUUGUUUGCGUAUUCUCAAACUUAUUAGUAGUGUUCUUCCGCAACCUCACAAUUCACCAACAACAUUGAAAGCUUUAUAUGAUUCUAUACAAGUUGAACAGCUGUUCAAUAAAAGAUUAAUUUGCAUUCAAUGCCAUCAUAAUUUAUCACAUAAUGACAAAAUAUGCAACAAAUGCUUUUCAAAAGAAAAGAAAUAUAUAGCUAGUAUAUUUGAUGUUAAUCAACCAUUAGUAUUUACACGAACAUUGGAUCGUCUUUCAUCAGAAAUUGAAGAUAAUCGAAAGCAAUGUAAUCUUAAUCAUUUAUCACGCCAGAACAAUAAUAAUGAUAUUAUAUUUAAUCAAGUCUAUAAAGAACUUCAAAAUCGUCAUGGCUCAUCAUCAUUUAUUUCAUUACUGUUACACUUAGAUGGCAUCAGUUUAUGCAAAUCCAGUAAACUUAAUUUAUGGUUACUUAGUUGUAGUUUAAUCGAACUUCCUGUUCAUCUUCGUUAUCGGCGUUUCAAUAUGAUUGUUCUUUCUGUUUGGAUUGGUCAUUGUAUUUCAACUCGAUCUGGUAUAAAUUACAAGAUAAUUGUAUAUGGAUUAACUGGAGAUUGUCCUGCAAUUAAACUAGCAACUAAGCAUAUUAGUCAUCAAGGUUAUCUUUGUUGUUGGUUUUGUUAUAUACAUGGUAUUCAUGUUGAUAAUAAAAGACAAUACUACUUCGAGAAGAAAAUUAUCCUUCGUUCAGAAACUGAAUAUGAAUUUUAUUCAAAAGAAGCAGAAAAAACAAAAACGAAUAUUUAUGGUCAUCUUGGCAGAUCUCCAUUUUCUGUUGUAUUUGAUAUCCAUUUGCCACGUUGUAUAGUUAUUGACUACAUGCACGUGUCACUGUUGCGUCAUACACGUACUAUUAUUCAAUAUCUUUAUCAAAAAUUUUUAAAACCAAAACAAAGAGAUGAGCUGGAUGACCUUUUUCGUCAUCAAGCUUUUCCUCAUAACUUUAAUAGAAAGAUGCGUUGCGUUAAAGAUUUCUCUUAUUGCAAAGCAUCAGAACUAAGAAAUAUGUUGUUAUAUGGUCUAUUACCACUUAUUCGAUCGUUUCUACCAGUUCAAUUGGCUGCACAUUUAGCACUUUAUGUUGCAGCAAUGCGAGUAUGUUUAUGA